AUGUGGACAGCCUGGUGCGUGGCUGCUCUGUCUGUGGCAGCUCUCUGUGGCACCCACGCAGAAACAAACACUGUCCUCAGGGUUACCAAAGACGUGCUGAGCAAUGCCAUUUCAGGCACCCUGCAGCAGAGUGAUGCUCUCCGCUCAGCCCUGAGAGAGGUGCCCAUGGGAGGGUGUCACAUCGCUCCACAACUAGCCGAGGGUAGCCUGUGCGGUCCAUGUGAUGCCCUGCACGGUGCUGAGGAUGCCGCCCUCGCCAAGCACGCCCAGGACUCCACCUCCUCCGAGAAGUCCUCCAUCACCAAGGAGACCACCUCCUCCGAGCAGGCCACCUUGGCCCGACAGGAUGCCAUCGGCUGCCAGCAUGCCCCCAGUGCCCAGCAAACCACCUGGGCCCAGUGCCCCAGUGGCUACACCGGGUGGCUUCUCCCCAACCUCGUGGACAACUUAGUGAACCGAGUCCUGGCCAAUGUCCUCCCUGACUUGCUCUGCCCCAUCGUGGAUGUGGUGCUGGGUCUUGUCAACGACCAGCUGGGUCUCGUGGACUCUCUGGUUCCUCUGGGGAUAUUGGGAAGUGUUCAGUAUACCUUCUCCAGCCUCCCGCUCGUGACCGGGGAAUUCCUGGAGCUGGACCUCAACACUCUGGUCGGGGAGGCUGGAGGAGAGCUCAUUGACUAUCCACUGGGGCGACCAGCCACGACUCCCAGACAAAAGAUGCCAGAAUUACCCCCCAUGGGUGACAACACCAACUCCCAACUGGCCAUUUCUGCCAACUUCCUGGGCUCAGUGUUGGCCCUCCUGCAGAAGCAGGGGGCACUGGAUAUCGACAUCACCGACGGCAUGUUUGAAGAACUUCCUCCUCUCACCACGUCCACGCUGGGAGCUCUGAUUCCCAAGGUGUUCCAGCAGUACCCCGAGUCCCGCCCACUCACCAUCAGGAUCCAGGUACCGAACCCGCCUUCAGUGACGCUGCAGAAGGACAAGGCACUGGUGAGGGUGUUCGCCACCUCCGAGGUCAUGGUCUCCCAGCCCAAUGACGUUGAGACCACCAUCUGCCUCAUCGAUGUGGACACAGAACUCUUGGCCAUGUUUUCCGUGGAGGGGGAUAAGCUGAUGAUCGACGCCAAGCUGGACAAGACUCACCUCAACCUCAGAACCUCAAACGUAGGCAACUUUGAUGUUGGCCUCUUGGAGGUGCUGGUGGGGAAGAUCUUCGACCUGGCGUUUCUGCCCGCCAUGAACGCCGUGCUGGGCUCUGGCGUCCCUCUCCCCAAAAUCCUCAACAUCGAUUUCAGCAAUGCAGACAUCGACGUCUUGGAGGACCUUCUGGUGCUGAGUGCCUGA